AUGGGAAGCGCAUGCGAUUCAAGAAUUAUUACACCUUCUAAAGAAUUUGAUUUAGAAGAAAUUAACUUUGGAAAAACAUAUAUUUACGGUCCUCCAUCAAUUGUAAAACCAUAACCUAUUCAAAUAUUGAAGUUUCCUGGCGAUGAAAUAAAUUAUCAAUAAGACAACGAAUUUUAGUGUUAUCCUUAAAAGGAUUACGCAGAAGAGUCAGCAGUUGUAUUUAAUCCAAGUGGAAAUUUAAGACCUUUGGAAAAAAAAUUGUCAGUAGAUGAAACUUUGAUAUUCAAAGAAAUACCGGAAUAACAAGAACAGAAUAGUAUUUCAAGGAAUAUGAAGGACUCCAAUUAAGAUAUUGUAAAAUACAAAUCGAUAUUAAAACACAAAAGUACAAAUACCCUAAACACUUCGUAUCCGUAAAGUCCUUAACAUCACUUCAAAGAAUCUUAAUCUUCAAGUUCUUAAAAUUCCAUAAAAAAAGUCACAUUUGAUAAAAAAUAAAGAGUUGCAUACAGUAGCUUCAGAAGGAUCAAAAAUUGA